AUGGAACCGUUGGUAUUUGAACAAUUUCCCAACGUUGCUUUAAUCUUUUCCUCUCACUUUUACUCUCUUUUUUCCCCUCUCUCUGUUUUACAAGUUUACUUUCCCUCUAUAUCUCUCGAUGUUAAUCUCUUACUUUCCUCACUUUUACUCUCUCCCCCUCCCCGUCUUUUUUUAUUCUUUUACUUUCCUUCUCUCUUUCUCUCGCUCGCAUUUACUCUCUCAUACAGGAACAACAACAACAACAACAACACUGUAUUUGUUUCUUUUACAUUCUCUCCGCCACCCAUUUUCCUCUUUGUGUUUUCCUUCCUUUCACUCACUGGUUUUUCUCUCUAUUCUCUCUCUCUCUUUCUCUAUCUUUCUCUCUUUCUCUCUCUCUCUUUCUUUCUCUCUUUCUCUUUGUCUUUCUCUCUCUUUCUCUCUCUCUUUCUCUAUCUUUCUCUUUCUUUCUCUCUUUUCUUUCUCUCUUCUCUUUGUCUUUCUUUCUUUCUCUUUCUCUCUUUUCUAUCUUUCUCUCUCUUUCUCUCUCUCUCUUUCUCUCUCUUUCUUCUUUCUCUCUCUCUUUCUCUUUCUCUCUUUCUCUCUUUCUCUCUCUCUCUUUCUUUCUCUCUUUCUCUUUGUCUUUCUCUCUCUUUCUCUCUCUCUCUCUCUCUUUCUCUCUUUCUCUCUUUCUCUUUUCUCUUUCUCUUUCUCUUUCUCUCUCUCUUUCUCUAUCUUUCUCUUUCUCUCUUCUCUUUUCUCUCUUUCUCUUUAUCUUUCUCUCUCUCUCUCUCUCUCUUUCUCUCUUUCUUUCUCUUUUUCUUUCUCUCUUUCUCUUUCUCUUUCUCUCUCUUUCUCUCUCUCUUUCUCUCUCUCUCUCUUUCUCUCUCUCUUUCUUUGUCUUUCUCUCUCUCUUUCUCUAUCUUUCUCUCUCUUUCUCUCUCUCUCUUUCUUUCUCUCUUUCUCUUUGUCUUUCUCUCUCUUUCUCUCUCUCUCUUUCUCUAUCUUUCUCUCUUUCUCUCUCUCUCUUUCUUUCUCUCUUUCUCUUUGUCUUUCUCUCUCUUUCUCUCUCUCUCUUUCUCUAUCUUUCUCUCUUUCUCUUUCUUUCUCUCUUUCUCUUUGUCUUUCUCUCUCUUUCUCUCUCUCUCUUUCUCUAUCUUUCUCUCUUUCUCUCUCUCUCUUUUUCUUUCUCUUUUUUUCUCUUCUUUCUUUCUCUCUUUCUCUCUCUUUCUUUCUCUCUCUUCUCUUUGUCUUUCUCUCUAUCUUUCUCUCUUUCUCUCUCUUGCUCUAUCUUUUCUCUCUUUCUCUCUCUCUUUCUUUCUCUCUCUCUUGUAUCUUUCUUUUCCCCAUUUGUGUUUAUUAUCUCUUUCACCCCCCCCCAUAUUAUCACUCGUUCAUUCUCCUGUUUUUUCUAUCUCUUCUUCCCAGACAUACUCCACUGAUCGGCAAGUGUCGGAUUCAGCAUCGACCGGAACAGCUUACCUUUGUGGUGUAAAGACCAAUUUUGGAGUUCUGGGUUUCGACAGCACAACUAAGAAUUCGGUUUGUGCCUCUGAGGAGGAACAACGCCGUAGCAGAGUUGACUCGAUUCUGAAAAUGUCCCAUGAUGCAGGUAAACUGACUGGUGUGGUUACUAAUACACGGAUUACUCACGCCUCUCCGGCCGCGGCUUACGCGCACAGUGCCGACCGCGAAUGGGAAUCAGACAAUCAUAUGGUCAACGUAACUGGAAAUUGUGCGGAUAUCACCCGGCAGUUAGUUGAUGAAAAUGACUACAUUCGCGUUCUGAUGGGUGGUGGACGUCGAAGUUUUAUUCCAGUAGAUAUGAAGGAUCCGGAAACUGGCAAAGAAGAUGUAGAAAAUGGACGACUGGACAAACGGGAUUUGAUCGCGGACUGGAGGAAAGACAAAGAAUCCAAGAAAGUGGAACACAGCUAUGUGUGGAAUAAAGAACAGUUCGAUAAAGUUAAUCCUAAGCACACAGAUUAUCUUUUAGGUUUGUUUUCCCCGAGCCAUAUGUCGUAUGAUCUGGACCGGGAUCAAGGACCCACAGGUGAACCGUCCUUAGCUGAAAUGACGAAAAAAGCGAUUCAGAUCCUUCAAAAAGGCCCGAAAGGAUUCUUCUUAUUUGUCGAAGGAGGCCUUAUUGAUUACGCACACCAUGACAACCAGGCCAAGAAAGCUCUCUAUGAUACGUUGGCUUUUGAUGAAGCAAUAGAAACAGCCACAAAACUGGUCGACUUUAAAGACACAUUGCUGAUUGUGACAGCGGACCAUUCCAUAGCGUUCAACCUGGUUGGUUACCCUACGACGUAUAAUCCGAUAUUUGCGGCCGUCGACAAUACUGAAUGGGGCGGCUCAUCAGAUGGACUUCCGUACACCACCUUACUAUAUGCGACGGGACCUGGUUUUAAAGUGAUGGCAAACGGCAAAAGAGAAAAUAUAAGCAAAGUGGACACAGUUUUUUUAUUUAAUUCAAUUUUUUUUUUUCUUUCAAUCUUUUUUCUUAUUUUGGUACAUUUCUUUUCUUUCUUUUUUGACAUUUGCUUUCUUUCUUUCAGAUUUUUUCUUUGCGUCUUUUUAAUGUUUUUUUUUCUUUAUUUAUUUCUUUUUUUUUCUUUCUUUCUUCUUUCUUUUCUUUUUUUUUUCUUUUUUUUUUCUUUUCUUUCUUUUUUCUUUGACUUUUUCUUGUUUGCUUCCAUUUUCUUUCUUUCUUUCUUUCUUUCUUUCACACUUUUCUUUCUUUCUUUUUCUUUCUUUCACACUUUUCUUUCUUUGCUUCCGUUUUCUUUCUUUCUUUUUUUUUUUUCUUUUUCUUCCUUUUUUGCUUCCAUUUUCUUUCUUUCUUUCUUUCACACUUUUUCUUGUUUGCUUCCAUUUUCUUUCUUUCUUUCUUUCUUUCACACUUUUUCUUUUCUUUCACUUUUUCUUUAUUUCAUUUCUUUUUUCUUUCUUUCUUUCUUUCACACUUUUUUCUUGUUUGCUUCCAUUUUUCCUUUUCUUUCUUUCUUUCUUUCACACUUUUCUUGUACAUUUCAUUUUCUUCCAUUUCUUUCUUUCUUUCUUUCUUUCACUUUCUUUUUUUUUUUCUUUUUUCACUUUUUCUUGUUUGCUUUUUUCUUUCUUUCUUUCUUUCUUUCACACUUUUUCUUGUUUGCUUCCAUUUUUUCUUUCUUUCUUUCUUUCUUUCACACUUUUUCUUGUUUGCUUCCAUUUUCUUUCUUUCUUUCUUUUCCUUUUUUUUUGUUUCUUUCUUUCUUUCUUUCUUUCUUUCUUUCACACUUUUUUCUUUUCUUCCAUUUUCUUUCUUUCUUUUUUUUUUUUUCCUUUUUCUUUCUUAACAUUUCUUUCCACAUUUUUCUUUUUUUUUUCUUUCUUUCUUUCUUUCUUUCACCUUUUUAUUUUUUUUCUUUCUUUCUUUCUUUAUUUUUUCUUGUUUUCUUUCCAUUUCUUUCUUUCUUUCUUUCUUUCUUUUUUUGUUUUUAUAUUUUUUCUUUCUUUUUCUUUCUUUCUUUUCUUUUCACACUUUUUUUUCUUUCUUUUCAUUUUUCUUUCUUUUUUUUUCAUUUUCUUUCUUUCUUUCUUUCACACUUUUCUUUUUUGCUUCCAUUUUUCUUUCUUUCUUUCUUUCUUUCUUUCACUUUUUUUGUUUUUUUUUUUUCUUUUUUCUUUCUUUCUUUCACACUUUUUCUUGUUUGCUUCCAUUUUCUUUCUUUCUUUCUUUCUUUCACACUUUUUCUUGUUUGCUUCCAUUUUCUUUCUUUCUUUCUUUCUUUCUUUCUUUCACAUUUUUCUUGUUUGUUUCCAAAGAUUUUCUUUCUUUCUUUCUUUCUUUCACACUUUUUCUUGUUUGCUUCCAUUUUCUUUCUUUCUUUUUUCUUUCACACUUUUUCUUGUUUGCUUCCAUUUUUUCUUUCUUUCUUUCUUUCUUUCACACUUUUUCUUGUUUGCUUCCAUUUUCUUUCUUUCUUUCUUUCUUUCUUUCACACUUUUUCUUGUUUGCUUCCAUUUUCUUUCUUUCUUUCUUUUUUCUUUUUUUUUGCUUCCAUUUUCUUUCUUUCUUUACUUUUUUUCUUGUUUUUUCAUUUUCUUUCUUUUUCACUUUUUUUUCUUUCUUUCUUUCUUUCUUUUUCUUUUUUUUCUUGUUUGUUUCCAUUUUUCUUUCUUUCUUUUUCUUUCUUUCUUUCUUUCUUUUUUUUCUUUCAUUUUCUUUCUUUUUUUUCUUUCUUUCACACUUUUCUUGUUUUUUUCUUUUUUCUUUCUUUUUUAAAAACUUGCUUCCAUUUUCUUUUUUUUUUUCUUUCUUUCUUUCACAAUUUUCUUUCAAUUUUUCUUUCUUUCUUUCUUUUCUUUUUUCUUUCACACUUUUUCUUUCUUUUCCUUUUUCCAUUUCUUUCUUUCUUUCUUUUUCUUUCACACUUUUCUUGUUUUCUUUCCACUUUCAUUUUCUUUCUUUCUUUCUUUCACACUUUUUUCUUGUUUUGCUUCCAUUUUCUUUUUUCUUUCUUUUCUUUCAUUUUCUUGUUUGCUUUUUCUUUUUUUUUUCUUUCUUUCACACUUUUUUCUUUGUUUUUCCAUUUUCUUUCUUUCUUUCUUUUUUCUUUCUUUCUUUCACACUUUUCUUGUUUGAUUUUUUUUUUUCUUUUUCUUUCUUUCACACUUUUUUCUUUUUGCUUUCAUUUCUUUCUUUCUUUCUUUCUUUCUUUCUUUGUUUUUUUCUUGGCUUCCAUUUUUUCUUUCUUUCUUUCUUUCUUUCUUUUUUUUCACACUUUUUCUUCUUUGCUUCCAUUUCCUUUCUUUUUCUUGUUUUCUUUCUUUCUUUCUUUCACACUUUUCUUGUUUGCUUCCAUUUUUUUCUUUUUCUUUCUUUCUUUCUUUCACAUUUUUUCUUUUUGCUUCCAUUUUCUUUCUUUCUUUCUUUCUUUCUUUCACAUUUUUUUCUUUUUGCUUCCAUUUUCUUUCUUUCUUUCUUUCUUUCUUUUUUUCUUUUUCUUAUUUUGCUUCCAUUUCUUUUCUUUCUUUCUUUCUUUUCACACUUUUUCUUGUUUGCUUUUUCUUUUUUCUUUCUUUCUUUCACACUUUUUUUUUGUAUUUCUUUCUUUCUUUCUUUCUUUUUUCCUUUUUCUUUUUUUGCUUUUUUCUUUCUUUCUUUCUUUUCUUUCACACUUUUUUUUUUUGUUUGCUUCUUUCUUUCUUUUUCUUUCUUUCUUUUCUUUCCUUUUCUUUUUCUUUCACACUUUUUCUUGUUUUCUUUCAUUUCUUUCUUUCUUUUUUUCUUUUUUCUUUUUUCUUUUUUCCUUUCUUUUUCUUCCAUUUUUUUUCUUUCUUUCUUUCUUUCUUUUUCUUGUUUGCUUUACAAUUUUUUCUUUCUUUCUUUCUUUUUUUUUCUUGUUUGCUUCCAUUUUCUUUCUUUCUUUCUUUCUUUCUUUUUCUUAUUUCUUCCAUUUCUUUUUUCUUUCUUUCUUUUUCACUUUUCUUUUUUGCUUCCAUUUUCUUUCUUUUUUCUUUAACAUUUUUCUUGUUUCUUUUUUUUUUUUUCUUUCUUUUUCUUUUUUCUUUCUUUCUUUCUUUCUUUCUUUUUUCUUUCACAUUUUUCUUGUUUAUUUUCUUUUCUUUUCUUUCUUUCUUUCUUUCACAUUUUUUUCUUGUUUCUUUCAUUUUUUUCUUUUUUCUUUCUUUCUUUCACACUUUUUUUUUCAUUUUCUUUCUUUUCUUUCUUUCUUUCUUUCACACUUUUUCUUGUUUGCUUCAUUUUUUUCUUUCUUUUUUCUUUCUUUCACACUUUUCUUGUUUUGCUUCCAUUUCUUUUUUCUUUUCUUUCUUUCUUUCACACUUUUCUUGUUUGCUUCAUUUUCUUUCUUUUUUUUCUUUCUUCAUUUCUUUUUUUUCUUGAAUUUUUUCUUUCUUUUUUCUUUCUUUUCUUUUUUUCUUUCUUUCUUUCUUUCACUUUUUCUUUUUUUCUUUUUCUUUCUUUCUUUCACUUUCUUUUUGUUUCUUUCUUUUUUUUCUUUCUUUCUUUUCACACUUUUUUCUUGUUUGUUUCCAUUUUCUUUCUUUCUUUCUUUCUUUCUUUCUUGUUUUCUUUCAAUUUUUUUCUUUCUUUUCAUUUUUCUUGUUUCUUUUUUUUUUCUUUUUUCUUUCUUUCUUUCUUUUUUUUUUCUUGUUUGCUUCCAUUUUCUUUUUUCUUUCUUUUCUUUUUUUUUUUUUCUUUUUUUUCCCAUUUUCUUUUUUUUCUUUCUUUCUUUCUUUCUUUCCAUUUUCUUUUUUUUUUUUUUUCUUUUCUUUCUAUUUUUUCUUUUCUUUCUUUCUUUUGACUUUUUUUUCUUGUUUUCUUUUCUUUCUUUUCUUUUUUCUUUUUUUUUCUUUUUGCUUCUUUCUUUCUUUUUUUUUCUUUUGUAG